AUGGUAACGAACAUCCAAAAUAAAGUCCGUGUUCUUGAUGGUGUCAAAGUCUCAUACCCGUCAUGGGUCAAGCUUUUUACGCUACAUGCCGAAGGGUAUGAUGUGGUCGACCACAUUGACGGUACGCAGGCCCUGGCCAAAGACGCUGCUGACUUUGCCUCGUGGAAGAAGAUCGAUGCUGUUGUACUACAAUGGAUUUACAGGACACUCUCGGACGAUUUAUUAGUUCGGGUCUUGGAAGACAAAUCCACUGCUUAUGAAGCGUGGGAACGGGUCAAAAACCUGUUCCUAAACAACAAAGGCUCUCGAUCCGCCGCGCUACAACACGAACUCACUAACCUUACCCUCUCCGCCAUGCCCGAUCUUGACUCUUAUUGCCAGCGUAUUCGCGAGCUCGCUGAUCAGCUGGGAGCUGUUGACUGCCUACUCACAAACACUCAACGAAUUCUUUAUCUUGUUCGCGGUCUACCCCGUGAAUACGAUACAACUACCUCAAUCCUGAAUCAGUCUCUUCUUCCUUGGGAGACUGCCAUCGACCAACUUCAAGCUGAAGCACGCCGCAUCGCGGCUCGUGAAAACAUUGCUCCUACACCUCUUGUGGCUGCCGCACCACCCUACCCAACCGUGACCGUUGUCACACCCCGACCGCGUCAUUGA